AUGUCGCAUCCACCUCUGCCCUCUACACUCUGGCCUAUAACCCCUCUAUCUCAGCAUCCUGUCGAUGAAGAGAAUCUUGGAGCCCUGCAAUGGUUGUACCUGUCCAGGCCUCCUCCAACAUCCUCUCAGCCUCCUCCCCCUCCACCCUCAAGGCAUCCACCUAUGUCCUGGCAGUAUGGAGAUUCUCUGUCAAAUCAUCUAUCUCCUGUGUCAAUUGCUCCACCUCUACCCCCAUUCUCUCCCUUUGAGUCCUCUCUACCUAUAGCUUGUCCUCCACUGAAUGAAGCCCCACUCUAUAGGUAUCCUUCUCCUGCUGAACAUGGUCAAAAUCAGCUUGCGACACCCCUCCCCUCCCCUCUACCUGUGCCUUGGGGACAUCCAUAG